UUUUUUAUUUAUUUUAAAAAGUUUUAAACAGGCCAAAUACCUGCUAAUUUACUGUAAAAAGUAACAUACCUGUGUAUGCUUUUCCCCCCCCAAUAGUAGUGUUAUCGGCACGCACGUGUUUUUGCAACGAGCUGAGCAGGUGCGGCCUAGUCCAAACAAGAAGGCCCAAACGGUCCAAAAGUGCCCAACAUGCUAAUACGAAGCCCGAAUGAGGCCUCACUCUCCCACUCUGUGUGUGUGUGUGUGUGACGCAAGAGUGACGCAGCUCCUUCGCCUCUGCGUCCUCUGCCUCGCGCCCGCCCCAACAACCUGUAGGCUGUAGAUGUAGGCCUCCAUGGAGAAUCUUCUAGUAACAUCCAGGUUGAUUUGGGCUUGGGCCGCACAUGGCCAGAUCCCUCCGCAAGCUCCCCCUCCGUCCCAAGCCGCAUAUUAGCCCGCGCCCAUGGCACCCACCCUCCUCUCAUAAGCAAGAGUUCCUCCGCCUCUGCUCCAAUGGCUCCCUCAGAGAAGCGCUCGGCGUGCUCCUCUCCCAGCAGUGGUCGGACCCCAACGCCUUCAUCCUCGCCUCCGGCGCGGCCGCCGACCGCUUCGCCGCCAACCACCUCCUCCACGCCUACGCCGAGCACCGCGACCUGCGCUCCGCCCGGGCGCUGUUCGAUAAAAUGCCGAGGAGGAACGUCAUGUCCUACAACAUCCUCAUCGGCGGGCUCGUCAAGAACGGGGACCUGGGCUCCGCGCGCGAGCUGUUCGACCGAAUGCCGCAGAGGAACGUCGCCUCGUGGAACGCCGUGGUCGCGGGGCAUGCCCAUUUCGGAUUCGACCAAGAAGGGCUGGGCUACUUUCUCGGCAUGAGACGAGAGGGAUUCCGCCCCGACGAGUUCGGCCUCGGCAGCGCCUUGAGAUGCUGCGCCGGGUUGAAAGAUGUCGUGUCGGGUCAGCAGAUCCACGCCUACGUGGCGCAGUCCGGGUUGGAAUUCGAUAUGUGUGUGGGGAGCUCCUUGGCGCACAUGUACAUGAGGUGCGGCUCGCUCAGGGACGGCGAGAGCGUGUUAAGAGCGCUUCCUUUUCUUAACGUGGUGUCCUGUAACACCAUAAUUGCCGGAAGAGCGCAGAAUGGGGAUUCAGAGGGAGCCGUCGAAUACUUUUGCCUAAUGAAGGCCGCCAGAUUGGCUCCGGAUGAGGUCACCUUUGUCAGCGUCGUAAGCGCCUGCUCGGAUUUGGCGGCACUCGGUCCCGGCCGGCAGGCCCACGCGCAGGCCCUUAAAGCAGGGGUCUACUCGUCCUUGCCUAUCAGGUGUUCGCUCGUGAGCAUGUAUUCGAAAUGCGGGUGCCUAGAUUACUCCUUGAAGGUAUUUUCCGAAUCAUGCAGUUCGGAUUUAGUGCUGUGGAGCGCGAUGAUUGCAGCUUAUGGGUUCCACGGGCAUGGGCACGCGGCGGUUCAGCUAUUUAAGGAGAUGAUGAAGGAAGGAAUUGAACCAACUGAGAUCACAUUCUUGAGCUUGCUCUAUGCUUGCAGCCACAGCGGCUUGAAGGAACAAGGCAUGGAGUUCUUCAAGCUCAUGACCGAGACGUACAAAUUGAUGCCUAAUGUUAGGCAUUACACUUGCAUGGUGGAUCUGCUCGGGCGAUCGGGGCUUCUCCAAGAAGCGGAAGCUCUCAUCAAGUCGAUGCCUGUUAGUGCCGAUGCGGUAAUUUGGAAGACGCUACUCUCGGCUUGCAAGACCCACAGGGAUACAGAGAUGGCGGAGAGGGUGGCGAAGAUUGUUAUAACUUUGGACCCGAGUGAUUCUGCUCCGUACGUUCUUUUGUCGAAUAUUCGUGCUAAUAAUCAAAGAUGGAGCGAUGUGAGCGAGGUUAGAACAGCUAUGCGGGAGAGGAGAGUGAGGAAGGAGCCAGGGAUCAGUUGGGUGGAGCUCAAGGGCCAAGUGCACCUGUUCUCAACAGGGGAUAGGUCCCACCCAUUGCGGAGAGAGAUCGAGGAGUGCUUAAAAGAAAUGAUUAGAAAGAUGAGGCAGUGGGGGUAUGUGCCGGAUACUAGUAUGGUCCUACAUGACAUGGAAGAGGAGGAGAAAGAGUUUAGUUUGGUUCACCAUAGUGAGAAGCUGGCCAUUGCGUUUGCUCUUUUGAGCACGCCGUCGGGAGCUACAAUCCUGGUGAUGAAGAACUUGCGCGUGUGCGACGAUUGCCACGUCGCUAUAAAGUUGAUGUCGAAGAUUGAGAAGCGAGAGAUUGUGGUUAGAGAUGUGAGUAGGUUCCAUCAUUUCAGAGAUGGGACAUGUUCCUGCCGAGAUUAUUGGUGACUGGAAUAAUGGGAUGUAAAAGAGGAUUAUUGUAAUUGUUUUACGCCUUCUUCAAUUUUGAUAGUGUCGAAAUACGGAUUUGAGAGAUUGUUAUUGUUUUUCUAAUUUGGUGAUUUAUUUGCGAUAUCAAACAUAGCAAGCUAUAUGUUGCUAGAUUUGCUCAUUA